AUGAAAGUAGAAAAGAAACUUGAAACUCGCAAACACUCGAAGUUAAAAAUGGAGAUAGCAAUUCUCAAGCUCGUAUCUCAAGAACGGAAACAAUCACAUUUCACUACGAUUAUUGAUCGAGGGAAAAAGGAGACGUACUUUUUUCUUGUCAUGGAGUUAGUAGGAAAAAGUUUAGCCGAUUUGAAAAAUCAACGACCAGGACGAGUUUUCAGCGUUUCUACUGGAUUGGGAGCUUCCACACAAUGUUUGGAAGCCUGCGAGGAUCUUCACAAAUACGGAUUUAUCCAUCGCGACUUAAAGCCGGCUAAUUACGCCUGCGGAUUGAGGGAGAAAAAGCGCGUGAUUUACAUUCUCGACUUUGGCAUCGCACGAAGGAUUCUGAACGACAAAGGAGAGUUGAAAACACCACGGAUGACUGUAAAAUUCAAGGGUACAAUUCCAUUUGCAUCAAUAUCCUGUCAUAGAAACACGGAAAUGGGACCAAAAGAUGAUUGUGAAUCGUGGUUCUACUUGCUACUUGACAUAACAGUGCCUCAGGGGCUAUUAUGGAAAGCUUACAGCGAAAAGAACGAGGUUUUGCGAAUGAAAGAGGAAAUACGAAGAGAAAAACGAGAAGCACAAUUUGGGAAUAUGAGAUGCAAGGAAGAGCUUGGAAAGAUUAUAGACUAUUUAGACACAUUACAUUAUCACGAUCAUGUUGACUAUUCCUAUAUAUAUAAACUUCUAGAAGAGGGAGCUAUAGUAAGUGGUGGAAAUGUUAAUAAUCCAUAUGACUGGGAAGUCGAGACGGCAAGAGGCACACCAAGAAAGACUGGCCUAUAUCAAGCCUAG